AUAAAAAAAAUCAUAUAAGACGGACAGACAGUCAAAGUUGGACACAGAAACCCACGGUUUGCCUCUUUUCGGGACGGAGGGAAUAUUAAGCCACCAGUAGGGAAUCGCUCCCUCUCGAUUAUCUCUGUCGAUAAACCGUCACGAAACAUUUUCACACCGGUACUUAACAUGUGUUUUUUUAUGUCCUACUCAACUACUCAUGUUGGUUUUUCAUGUUUAUGUUAUUCUACUCAUGUCGGGUAAUCCUUUUCAGUUUUUAUUAUCCCUGACAGUUGGUUUUUCAUGUUCAUAUCAUCCUACUCAUGUCGAGCAAUCCUUGUCAGUUUUCUAUUAUCCCUGAUAGUGUUUGUCCAUCAUAGAUCCUGUAGCGAAAGUCUUAACACACAAUGAAAUCAACUGGGACUACGGCAACAACAAAUCUUUGGUCUCACUAAAUUUUUAUUGAUAAUGUUCAAAAGACAAAAGAGACAAAGACCUGCGGCGAAUUCAUGUCUAUUAAAUCUAUACUUUGUAUAAAGUUAUAACCUAUUAAAUUUAAACCUCAACACGUAAACAUGCUACACCAUUAUCCACUAACAAUAAUUACAAGCAUGCAAUAUCAUCUAUAAUUUAUUGAAUCUUACAAAAUAACACGCAAAGCAUAUUCAAUUAUCGCCUCUCACAUCGUUUCCGUAAUUUUUAACAUAUUUAUCCAUCAUUUUUUAAAUACUUAAUAUAUAUUUAUCCAUAUAUUCCGUAUCAAUGCACGGGAUAUUAUUUAGUUUGUUUCAUGAUUAAACCUUAGCUUUUCAUCAUUUUUUCCUAUCUUCGGCCUGGUUUAGUUCCUAACUUUUUCUUCAAACUUUCAACUUUUCCAUCACAUCAAAACUUUCCUACACACAUAAAUUUUCAACUUUUCCAUCACAUUAUUCCAAUUUCAAUCAAACUUUCAAUUUUGGAGUGAACUAAACACACCUUCCACAUCUCGCGAUGCAAAUCUUGGCCAACAACAUAAUAUUUCAUUUAUAAUCUCCUACAGAGCUAGCUAUUAAAUUUAUUUCUCUCCAAACAUAGCAUAAAACAAAUUUAUUUGUUGUUAAUAACUAAUAUAGUGUUUACUCCUUGCUUGAUUGUUGAAAUGACAUAUUAAGGAUUAUUUAGUAAUACCGGCAACAAAUCACGUGCCUCACUAAAUCCUUGUUAUAAAUGCACCAACGAGAGCGUACACUCAUCAGCACCAGGAUUUUGAACCCCUAUAUAACCACAUCUUUAGUGCUUUCCUCGAUGAUUCAUCUCUUUAUAUUUUUGUUCGAUAAAUAUGAAUACCAUUAUAUAUGUAUUAACUAUUAAGUCACAAAACUUUGACUGCAUAUAUAUACGUCGCCAGAAUGUUGCCGUGUACAACAGAAAGAAUUAUAUCAAGUACGGUGGCUUGCUGUAGAAACUUCGUCUGCUAAAUCUAAUCUAGGCUCCGUUUAGUUCACACCAAACUUUCCCUAAACUUCCAACUUUCCAUCACAUCCAAAACUUUUCUACACACAUAAACUCUUAACUUUUUUUUUCAAACUACCAACUUUAAUUUUUCUAAACUUCUCCUCAAUUUUAGAAACUAAACACAGCACUAGUGUACGUCCUUUAACAUCACUUAAAGUCCAGAUAGCUAGGCAACUCCACUAGAUUGGCACUAGAUUAGCAAAUGUAAUCUAAUCUAGGAGAGAUGACCUAGCUUUGCAUACUUCCAAUCGAUGAAUGUCGACACUAUAGCAACACUGCCAAUUUUCAAUCAGUACUAUCAUGGAGACGACUUCCAUAAACUACCAGUAGAUUAGAUGCUGCUAGCUAAUUAUUUUUGGAGGAGCUCAUAGUUUAUUUAUUUAUUAAUUAAUAAUUCCAGCUCCGGUUUCGUCUCUGCGAAGAGUAGUAAUAGAAGUACGAGUAGUUCUUUAAUUCCUCGUUAGGUCUGAAGAUCUAUCAUGCAUGCUUUGAUGAGAGUAAUUAAGUACGGCAAGCAUGGAGCAGCAAGUACACACUUCAAUUCUUUUCUGCUUCGAAAACAGAGGAAUCGACAUGUGCAUCUCACAUUUGGUGGAGGAGGUGGCAUCCUCACCUGCUCCUGUGUCCUACAAAAUUGAAUUUCUUUCUCUUUUUUUUUGACCAAUUUCAUUGAAAUAGAAGAACCGGAUUAGUGCAUGUUUCACAUUUUCAUGCUUAUACCUGUUGUGGCAAAGGCAAACCACACAAAAAAUUGGAAACGCAUCAAGGCCAGCCAAACUGUUAUUGUUGCUCGAAGAAUUAAUUAACUAAGUAGUUAUAAUUUAAUCUCAGUUGAGCGCGCGAACGCCCCAGCAAUCAAUUAUUUCUCUUCUUUUUUAAAUUUGUUUGUUUACAUGCAACGGAUCGGAGACUGAAAUGGAGAGUCCACGGGUUCAAAAGGCCUAGAAGAACGAAGCGGAGCUUAGCUCGCGCAUGUGCCAACCUGAACCUCCGCUGCGAAACGCCGCGACAUCUCGCCGCGCGAGCUAAGCUUAGCUGCAGGUGAGCCAUCGGCGAUGGCGACGGCGGCGAUGACCAAGGUGUUCGUCCUGCUCUUUCUGGUGGCGGCGUGCUACCUGCCGGCGCACGCGGCGGCAGCGGAGUGCGACUGCGCGACGGACACGGCGGGGCGGGACAAGGCGCAGGCGCUGCGGCUCAAGGUCAUCGCCAUCUUCUGCAUCCUCGCCGGGAGCACCGUCGGGGCGGCGCUGCCGUCCCUGGGCGGCAGGUUCCCGGCGAUCCAGCCGGAGACGGACGUGUUCCUCUCCGUCAAGGCCUUCGCCGGCGGCGUCAUCCUCGCCACGGGCCUGGUGCACAUCCUCCCCGCGGCCUUCGAGGCGCUCAGCUCGCCGUGCCUCGUCGGCGGCCCGUGGAAGCGCUUCCCGUUCGCCGGCAUGGUCGCCAUGGUCUCCGCCAUCGGCACGCUCAUCGUCGACACCGUCGCCACGGGGUACUUCCACCGCACGGACGCCAAGAGGAAGGCCGCGGCCGUCGCCGACGAGCCAGCCGACGACCUGGAGGCCUCCGACGAGCACAGCCACGGCCACGCCCACGGCAUGUCCGUCAUGUCCGUCGCUCCCGCCGGCGAGGAAGACCUCGUCCGCCACCGCGUCAUCUCUCAGGUGCUGGAGCUGGGAGUGGUGGUGCACUCGCUCAUCAUCGGGAUGUCGCUGGGCGCCUCCGACUUCCCGAGCACGGUGCGGCCGCUCGUGCCGGCGCUGACGUUUCAUCAGUUCUUCGAGGGCAUCGGGCUCGGCGGAUGCAUCGUUCAGGCAAAGUUCCGUGUCAGGUCAGUGGUGACGAUGGCGCUCUUCUUCUCCCUGACGACGCCGGCCGGCAUCGUCGUCGGGAUCGGGAUCUCCUCCGUCUACGACGCGAACAGCCCAACGGCGCUGGUGGUGCAGGGGCUCCUCGAGGCGGCGGCAGCGGGGAUACUCGUCUACAUGGCGCUCGUCGACAUCCUCGCCGAGGACUUCAUGAAGACCAAGGUGCAGAGAAGGGGACGCCUGCAGCUCGCCAUGAACGUCGCGUUGCUGCUCGGCGCAGGGCUCAUGUCCAUGAUCGCCAUCUGGGCGUGAUGAGUGAGUGACCAUCACGGCCAGCAUGCGACGUGCGGCGUUUCAAUUUGUUCGGCAGGAAUGGCAGGUUUUUGUUCUUAGGCGCGUCUGAUCACGCUCGCGCUCUCGCGAAGACCUGAGAAUUCGUUCGAGGAUCUCAAAAGAGAGACCACUCCGUUGGUUGAAACUGACGAGGAGAGGGGUCUCCCGUGCACGAUAUGUAGAACAGUUCAGUGACCAUGUUACUCUGACUUGACUGACUGACCCGUCAUCGUCGUCGUUGCUCUCUUACUGUGCAGAACUUGUAGAGUCGUGCACUUGCGCCUACCACUGUCCUUCAUCUUGGAGGACAAUAAUGCCAGUGGUGGGCAGAAUUCUGGUCUUGAUGUGAAUCCGUGAUGUACGGGGUAAGACAAGGCUCGUGAAUGAGUAUACUCCAUAUCUGUAAAGCUCUAUCAUAUCCGAAGGUCAUCACGAGUUAGUUAGAGUGUUAAUCCUUCCUUUCUGGGGGAAAAAGACAUUAUCAAGCCUGACGCUGUCCAUGUGUUCAGCUUACAUCUAAACAUGGAGCAGUCCGAUAAAAGGAUAUUCCAUAUAUGUUUUUCCA